GGGUGGGCGGUGGUCAGGAACUGACUGUCUGCUGUAACAGCUGCAUAGUUUUUGUUGUUUUCUCUUGUCCCUUUACAUAUUUUCAUAAGAUCGGUAGGCCUCUUAUCACUUAUUUCCCCCCACUAUUAAUUUAGAAGAUGUAUGGGGCGCCUGGGUGGCGCAGUUGGUUAGGCGUCGGACUUCGGCUCAGGUCAUGAUCUCACAGUUUGUGAGUUUGAGCCCCGCAUCGGGCUCUGUGCCGACAGCUCAGAGCCUGGAGCCUGCUUCGGAUUCUGUGUCUCCUUCUCUCUCUGCCCUGCCCAUGCUCAUGCUCUCUCUCUCUCUCUCCCCAAAAUAAAUAAACAUUAAAAAAAAUUUAAGAAGAUUUAUAAUUUUAAUAGCGGUUGCCUCCCUGUUUCUACCAGUCAUAAUUAAGCCUGUGUUUCUCUAUUACAAUAUUUCUUUCAACGUGCAGAAAAAUGACAGUGCCCUCCUGUAUCAGGGAAUUAAUGCUGCCCUCGGUAAUAGAUACACGCUGAAAUUUCAGCGAAUUAAGUGAGGAAGCUUUAUUUCUUGAUGUGGAUGAGGUAACUCUUCUGGGUCAUUGGCUUUCAAACAUGGACUCGUGGAUCAGGCUGCUUUUUUCUCGCGAUGCCACCAUCUUGGAUGAAAUGGGUGGAUGAGAGACAACGAGGGAAAGACAUACCAGUUGCAAAAGCCACAGCCUGAGAGCGUACAAAUCAGAUCCCCUGACAUUCAUAGACUAGAAUUCCUUCACAUGGCCACAUGGAGCUGAAGGGGAGCUGAGAAAAGUAGUCAUCUGGUGGGUUCAGGGAAGGGAAAUAGGGUGCCAGACAGCACGGCCGUUGUCAUAGAUUGUCAUUCUGGUCCCUCACACAUUGUGUUCUCCUCUUCCAUGUAAAUACACUCACCAUCUCCUUAAUGGGGACACCCUCAAGUCGCAGGCAGUCACUGCAUCCAGCCCAAAGUCCACAGUCUGCAUGGAUUCUGCAUUAAUCUCUAGAAUGUCUGGAUGUGGCUGAAAAGACAUGUUACCUAAACAACCCCACCCCCACCCCCACCCCGUACGACACAGUGCACAGCAGUAGAGCAGGUCCACUAUGGAAAAGAGGAGAAUGUGAGCCUCACUCAGUCACUAGUUGAUAGCAUUCCUGAAGUCCUGCUAGUCAGGCACUGUGAAGUUCUCCUGUCCUGGCAGUGAGGGGACAGCCUUGAGUGAGGGUAGGACUGUGCCCUAGAGGAGGCUCCUCCUUGUUCAUUGUCCCCCUUGGCUUUAUCUGAAUGAGUGUUGAGGACCACGCCCUCCUUGGAUCAGGAUACCCUUUGAAAUCUGCCUCCCAUUCAUUCAUGGAGGUUGGGUACCCAAAGGUUGCUGAAGUCUUGAAUAAUCGAAGGCUUUUUUGUUUUAGUUCAGACUCAAAAACUUAGUAGGCUUCUGACCUGUUUGCUUCCAUGUCCCAGGAACAACAUCUAAAAUUCUUUUCUAGACAUAUUUUGCAAGCUGACUGUAAUUCUCUGCCUCUUUUUCCCUAUACCUCUACUUGCAACCGAAGGGCAUCUAUCUUAGGCUCUUUGAAAAGUAAGUGGGAAGGAUUGCACUCUUCAUGCGCUUGUGUUAGCCUGGCUCCUCCGAGGAGUUAGAGACAGGGAUGGGGUUACACACACAAGGGUUUUAUUCAGGAAACGUCUGGGGGGGAAAGGGGAAGAGUGUGGAGGAGUGUGGGAGAGCCAUCACCCUGCAGCACAAGUCUGACCUUGAGUGAAGGAGGCAGGGAAGGCAGAUGAGGGGACGAGGUGUUCUAGGCAGCCAUGCAGCCCAAGGGAAGCUUGUCCAGGCCGCAUGGAAGCUGCCCAUCCGAAGGGUCUGGUGUCCCCUAGAAAUGGGCCCACCAUGCUGAGUCAAAGACUGGGGCCACCUCUGGGAAGCACGGCCGUGGGCAAACACAGGAGUACAGGGACUGUACUGUUUGCUCAGUUAUGCUGUCUGUAGUUGGAUGUCUGCGGAGCACAUUCUCAUGGCCACCUAUACCUUAGGUCACUUUAUUCACCUUAGAAGUUUUAUGAGGCUCUGUCAUGCAAAACUUAAAAAAAAAAAAAUCCCAUCUCUUAUAAUUUGGGCCCUAGAAAGAGGUGGCUUUUCCAAUCCUACAAAGUCCCAAAUUUCUAUAUUCUCUCUAUUCUCUUUCAUUCUGAUUUGCUAAGCACUCAAUCCUUUCUUGAACUCCUUUCUUUCUCUUAACACCUUGCUGAACACAGCUGCUAGCAACCAACACCCGCUCUCAAUGUUCUGGUUUCUAGCGUCUUCCUUAGAGUGGCAAGGUCAGAAGGUACGAGGGUCUGCCUUUCCAGUUGCAGCAUCUGACAAUUUGAUCAAGUGUUUUGCCCUUGCAUAGCAUGGAUCUCUGGCCAUCCAUUCAGCCUGCUGCUGAAUGCCAGCAACCUGCUAAGGCAAUGGCAUUACAUAGUUUACAUUUCUGUGUCAGCACUACCCCGCUUUGGGGACAGAUUUGCAUUUUAGUCACGGGAAUCGAUGGGGUCUGUUGCCGCCGGCAAACCAAGAAAUCUCAGUGGCUUAAAACAACACGGGUUUAUUUCUUCCUCACGUUACAGGCUGAUGUGGGUCAGGGGCCUAGCGUCUUCAUCUUGCAACACUAUCUCCGUUCCCCGUUUCCAGCCAGUGGACGGGAGGGAGAGAGAGGAAGGACUGGUGCGCUGUCUGCUGAAGAUCUCAGAGGGGCUCGGCCUCCAACACCAGUUCCAGCCUUGGGCACCGGCUUUGGCAGCUGUGAUGCUCCCCAGAAGGGGCGGGAGGGAGAGAGGGAGGUGGAAUUGCACUCGGGCCGGCCGAUAUCUCUCUGGAAUGCCUUUGUCGAUGACACUGCUCUGUAGAGAGGUGUGAAGGUUGUGCUCCGUUGGCCAACCUAGCUCAUCCCGUACUCAAUGGGACUCAGACCUGUUUCUUCUUCCUUCCUGGUGCCUCCUUCUGCUGUGAGGCAGCGAGUGACAAGCACAUCCAGUGGCUCCUGGGGGCAGAUGGUGAAGUCUGGGUCUGGAUCAUGGGAGAAGGCCCUGGCGACAAGCCCUAUGAAGAGAUCUCUGAGGAGCUGAUUGCGGAGAGGGCGCGGCUGCAGGCACAGAGGGAGGCCGAGGAGCUCUGGAGACAGAAGGAGGCAGAAAUCACCAAGAAGUUUCGGGAUGCGCUGGCCAAUGAGAAAGCCCGGAUCCUGGCGGAGAAGUGGAAAGUGGAGACGGAAGAUCGUAAGGCUGCCAAAGUCCUGGAGGAGCGCAUCCAUGAGGAAUUCAAGAGGAAAGAGGAAGAGGAGCGGAAGCGGGGAGAGGAGCAGAUUCGCCUCCAGGAAGAGCAGAGGGCGAAGGAACUCUACUGGACCCUGAAGCAGGCCCAGCUGCAGAGCCACGCCAGCGAGAAGGAGGAGCGCGAGUGGGAGGAGCAGCUGCGCCGGUCCAAGGCUGCUGAUGAAGAGAGGAGUCGCAGAGCCCAGCGUGCCAGGGACGAGUACCGGCGCCACUCACUCCGGGCCAUCCAGAAGGGCACCGUUGCUGGCCUCAGCUCCAUGUUCCAAGAGCUUGGCCAGAGCCAGGAGCAGGAGGCCAGACUUGACCACCACCUUCCCGGCCCAGGGCCACCGCCACCCCUUGCUGUACCUGUCAGGACUUGGGAGCGCCCACGGAGACCUGUCUCCAGGGAAGUCAUAGUCCGCUGGUUUAAGGAGGAGCAGCUGCCUCGCCGCGCUGGCUUUGAGAGGAACACCAAAUCCAUCGCCCCCUGGUUCCAUGGAAUUAUUAGCCGAGAAGAUGCAGAAGAUCUCCUUGAGAACAUGACAGAGGGAGCAUUUUUGGUCCGGGUCAGUGAGAAAAUCUGGGGUUAUACCCUAUCCUAUCGCCUGCAGAAAGGGUUCAAGCACUUUCUUGUGGAUGCCUCUGGAGAUUUUUACAGCUUCCUGGGAGUGGACCCCAAUCGCCAUGCGACGCUCACUGAUCUCAUUGAUUUCCACAAGGAGGAAAUUAUCACUGUUUCAGGGGGAGAGCUGCUGCAGGAACCCUGUGGGCAGAGGGACAGCCCGCCAGACUACCACCUGUUGUUUGAAUGAUUUUUUCCCCCCGUACCAGUUGGACUUCUUUGGGCAUCCGGUUUUUGAACUCAACUUAAGAAUUGCCCAGCUCAAAUCCUUCCUUAUGGCCUUCUGGAAUAUCCACCACCAUCCAGUGGAUUAAGUGGAUUGGUAUGCCUCAAGGGAUAUGAAAUACAUGGCAUAUGUGCUAUCGGUCCCUGUCCCGAUGCCCAGGACAGAAAUUGCAAAUAGCUGCCGCAACUCUUUCAUGAAGAGUUUAGUUAUGACUUCAGAAGAGAAGCCUACCUGCCCUAAAUGGAGCUCCUAGAGCACACGGACCAUGUUUUGAUAAUCGAAAAUAAUUCCAGUGCCGAACCCUGAUUUUAACAUAUGGUAGGCAUUCGAUAAAUAUUUGUUUGAAUGGAUGCAGUUCUUCUGAAAGUUUUCCAACACUAAUCAGCAGUCGUUUCUAGUAAGUUAUUUCCUACCUGUUCUGUUUAUAAAGUCAUGGAGAGGAUGGAAGAAACGUUGCAAAGAAUUUAUAUGGAAAAUAGAGACGCUGUGUCUUUAAUGGUGUAUGUUAUUGCCCUCAUUGGUUUUACCGUUGGAAUUACCCACGGCUUCUGAGACCCCGCUUCCAGAAUAGGUGACGGAUGCUGCCCUGCCUUCCUUAUUUGCCACCCCUGCUUGGUCUUGGAAGCAUAUCUUGACCCUGGUUUUACAAUAUUGAGGCAGUGGUUUCAUGCAGUCCCAAUAAAUGUGCCCAAAACCUGGGGUGAAUUAUAAAUCCAAAAAAGCCUUUGCUCUCUAGGAUUUACCCCUCUUUAUGCAGGUUAUUUAAAUGAUUGCUUCUGCCUUUACGGUCCUUUGGACAUUGAUCCUUGUGUUCACUUACUCUGGCUAUGUUUUUCAUAUCAACAGGAUUCUUCCAGUGACCCUGAAUAACUCUCAGGGGCAGUGUCUUUGCCCACACUCUGCCUUCACAUUUAUGGACAUAUGUGUAGAGACAGCAUGUUGUGAUGGGAAUAUUAUAGUGGCAUCAAGCAGACUUGUGUUCAACUCCCCACCCUGGACCUUACUAGUAUUGUAAUGCUAGAAGCCCCGUAUUUGGUGGCAGUGGGAGGAUGGAUGGACUUUGUGCCUUGUCGGUGGACGGGCAUACGUUACCUGAUGGUCACGUCACACAUAUCUUACGUCACACACCUCUCACAUCAUGCAUCUCUUCCGUCACGUUAUCUCUUAUGCUCCAUUUCCUCUCUUGCCUCUUCUACUCUUCACAUCCUUGGCUGCUUAUUAUGCCCUGGUCACCAUCACUGCAAUCAGUUCUGCGUGGACUCUGUUUUUCACCACUGGGCCCAUCAGCUUCAUUUGAGAUAAGCCAACGCCACCUGGCCCCACGUGGGGCUCUGGGCCUCUCAUCCCCUAUGGCUGCAGACGCAGAAGACACCAGAAAACCAGCAGGAGCAGGGCAGUUAACUCCCCAUGCGGUGAAGCUUGCAUCAAUGGGAGACAGCAGCUUGAGGAUUAGUUCUUCUGUCUUCCUCCUCCGGGGGAGCUGUUUGGACCGGCAGCUCUUCCUAUGACCUCUGGGAAAACAGUCCUGCAAGAUGGAGCAACUAGUCCCGAUGGAACCAAGGAGCAGCCGGAUGAGGCCCACCCCCUCCUGUGUGGCCCCCCUCCUUCCCCGCCUCGCUCUCCUGCUCCCCCCCCCCCCCCCCCCCAGGAUGGCACUCUUGAGCUGAAUGACACCACAGAGGCAUUUGCCGCAGGCUCUGCCACUUAGGGAAAGCCAGGGAAGGCCCCAUCGUACAGAUGUGUUCGAUAAUGUCAGCUUUGCAACCUGGCGCCCUUCUGCCGUCUCACAGGGCCCCUGAAUGAAUAAAACCAAGGGAAGGCAGGAAGCUGGCUUCCUGAAUACGGAAGCGCUUUAAAACUAUUACCGAUUAUGGUUCGAUUCUCUUCUAUUAGACGUCGAGUGGCCUCAGACGAGCUGAAUUUUAGUUUUGGCCAUGCUACUUACAAACUAUGUGACUUUGUUCAAGUCAGUUAACCCCAUGAAAGCUUCUCAGUAUACUGAGAAGAGAGCUUUUUGUCUGGCUGUCACUGGUUUUUUUUGGAGGGUCAGUUACAUGAGCAGUAGAAAAGCUUUAUCUAAAUGGAAGGCAUCGCUAAUAACAACCCCACUAACAGCAACAAUUAUUCUGGGCUCAGCAGCGAUGUGUCAGGGGGACAUGGUGUUGAUUUUCAAGGUGUUACAGGAAGCUUCUUAUUCCAAGAACUAGCAGCAGCUCUGAAAGCAGACCAAGGGUUGAGAACCUGAACCCCUGAGCUGUUGUUUCUGUCGCUCCUAAUUAAUAUGUGAGAGACAACAGCUGGGUUUUCCAUGCCUAACACAUUUAUUUCAUUCAGUUUGGGGCCUGCACUUUCUGCACAUCUCAUAUAUUUUAGGUUUUACCUGGCCUUAAAAUAAAUUCCUCGUAAGUUGUCCUGCAAAUGAAAUUACUGUCUGGAAAACUGCAAUUUCAUCUUGAGAGUUUUAUUAUGCUAAUAAAUGUCAGGAUUCUCAAAUAAAGGGAUUGGCUUUUUUUUUUUUUUUUUUUUCCCUCCCCGAGCCUUGCAAAUAUAAUGAAAAACAGUCAGUCAGCUACAAGAUUCUGCAUAGAGAAAAUUUACAGUCUGGAACUAGAAAGAGAAGUUGUAAAAAACACUAGGCAACUUAUCGGAAGAUAAACGUCGACGAAUGGAAGGGUGACUUGGGGUCCCGGUCAGGGAGAGCCCUGUGUGGCUGAGCUGGGGAGCUGGACACCUGGGGUGCAGGGGUCUGGGGAGCAUAGGCUGCAAGUGGCUUCUGGGAGUGGGAAUGGAGCCCUGGACAUGAAGACCCGGGUGCCUGGGGAGUGCGGCCCUUUUUUAUACCCUUGAACCCUUCGUUAGCCUGAGGACCAAAUCUGGAGCCAGAAAGACCUCUGUUCGGUGACCCUAGACAAGUGUUUCCAGUUCUCUGGGCCAUCGUUUCCUCUGUGAAAUGGGGUAAACCGUGACUGUCUCAGAUGGUGGCCUGUGAAAAUGUAGUCGACCCUUGAAUAAUGUGGGGGUGUGGGGUACCGGCCCCCCACACGCUCAAAAAUCCACAUAGAGCUUUUGAGUAACCUCAAACUUAACUACUAAUAGCCUGUUGUUGACAGAAGCCUUACCAAUAACAUGAACGGCCAAUGAAACACCUACUUUUUUAUAUGUAUCAUAUACUGUAUUUUUACAAUAAAGAACCUAGAGAAAAGAAAAUGUUAUUAAGAAAAUCAUACUGGGGGCACCUGGAUGGUUCAGUUGGUUGAGUGUCUGACUCUUGAUUUUGGCUCAGGUCAUGAUCCUAGGGUUGUGGGAUUGAGUCCUAUGUCAGGCUCUGUGCUGAGCAUGGAACCUGCUUGAGGUUCUUUCUCUCUCUCUCUCUCUCUCUCUUUCUCUCUCUCUCUCUCUCUCUCUCUCUCUCUCUCCUCCCCCCCCUUUGGCCCUUUCCCAUGCUCAUGCUCCCCCUCCAUCUUUAAAAUAAAAAAGAUAAUAAUAAAAAAAAUAGAAAAAGAAGAAAAUCAUACUGAAGAGAAAAUACAUUUAGAGCACUGUAUUUAUUGGGGGGGAAACCGUGUAUAAGUGUACCCAUGUAGUUCAAACCCAUGUGGUUCAAGCAUCAACUGUCAUGAUGCGAGAUUUUGUAAUAGUAAUGACAAAUUCUGUUUCAGCUGUGUGUGUGUGUGUGUGUGUGUGUGUGUGUAUGUGUACUCACAAUCAUGCUGAGGCAGACAAUGCUAUCAUCUCCACCUUGCGCAUGGGGAAACUGAAGCACAGAGGCGUUUAGGACCUCCCCAGCGUUACCUGUCUGGGAAUUCGUAUUUUAGAGCUGGGAUUUGCCAACCUGGCUUCAGAGUCCGCGUAGACCUUAAACCAGUGCUUCUCAAACUCAGGUGUGCAAAUCAGACACAAAGGGAUGUUCUUAAAAUGCAGAUUCUCCUUGCGUGCAUCUGGGGUGGGGCUUGAGGUUCUGUAUUUCUAAUGAGCCCUUGGGUGCUGCUGAUGUUGCUGAACUGUCUGCCACACUUUGAGAAACCAGCUUUGAAAGCAGGGCUUUGCAAACCAUUGCUACAGGCCAAAUUUGGCCUGAGGCCCUAUGUUUCUACAGCCUAAGUAAGAGCCAAGAGUGGUUUGUACAUUUUCAAGUGGUUGGAAAAAAAGUUAAAAAGAAGAAUAACAUUUUAUGACCUGUGAAAAUUUUAUUACAUUCAAAUUUCAGCACUCAUAAAGAAAGUUUUAUUGGAAGAGAGCCACGCUCAUUUGUUGACAUCGUGUCUUUGGCUGUGUAGGGCCUGGAAAGCCUGAAAUAGUUACCGUCUGGCCCUUUACAGAG